AUGUAUGCGUUUCAGAUUCCAGAGAGCUCGAAAUUUUUGACAGGAAAUCUUUAUGUUGCUGGGCACACCCACGUUCUAGUUGCACUAGCAAUCUGCGUCGUACACGUAGGCGUAGGUGAGAAUCAUCCCACGCCUGUCUCUCAUGGUCACAUAGGAGAGCCUUACUCUGGGCCUGUGUCUCAUGAGGUUCAUCCUGCUCCUGUUUCUCAGGGCCCCGUGGAGGAGGAUGAAGGUGAGAAGAAGACACACGAAGGGGGGAACACGGUUAAGCUGCGUGAGGAGGGACACGUAGGCCAAUUUCACCAUGAUUAUGUGGACGAGGACAACGAAGAAGAAGAUGAAAACGGAGAGAAGAAGAAAAAAAAGUCAAAGCUUCCUGAACGACAUGACAAGGAAGAGGAAGAACAUGGUCAUCGAAAGGCUGAAGAAGAGGCCGAAAAGAUCGAAGAGAAGCUUCCUGGACACCACAAAGAGGAAGAAAAAGGGCAUUGA